UUCGGAGCCAGCGCGCAAGCACGUCGGAGUCACAAUCCCAGAGUGUGGCAAUGAAAUAAUGUGAUGUUGGUUUAAAAAUAAAACAAACAGAAAAUGCCGCAACUUAGACAAGGGAAUAACAAAGCUCAAUCAGUUUCAAUGAACAAAACGCCAAAAUCAAAGCAUGUCCCAGCUAACGCGGUCGCCAAAAGGACGCAAACCCAAACGCUGUAACAGAGUCAACUGCCCUAGCUGCAUUGUGGGGCAGUGUUUGAGGAAAUUCACAAAAUACCGACGCAGAGAUGUCCUCGAGGCGCAGUUCCUUCCGGCGCAGGGACAAGCCGCCAUUCGAGCGCUUCAAGGAUCACUUUCGCCAGUUUACUGCUUUUAUGUUUAGUAAUGUGGGGAUUAUACUGCUAGUUAUUUUCUAUACCAUUGGAGGUGCCUUCAUAUUCCAAGCGAUAGAAAUAUUCGAAAACGAAAGACAAAAAACAGUCAAGCCAGUUCGAAUACGCAAUGAGACGAGCGAUUGUCUAGCACGCAUCUGGGAGCUAACAGCCGAAAACAUAAGCUUUUUCGAUCGCAAUGCCUAUAGACAGCGGGUCAAUGAGGCACUACUCAUCUAUCAAAGGUCCGUAGUAAAAAAACAACUGGACGGCCCAGAUGUCGAUCAUCAGUGGAGCUUCUCUGGUUCAUUCCUGUACUCACUGACGGUAAUUACCACCAUUGGCUAUGGCAAUAUCGCUCCACGUUCCAUCUGGGGUAAACUGGUAACAAUAUUGUAUGCCAUCAUUGGCAUGCCGCUGUUUCUGCUUUACCUGUCCAACAUCGGUGAUGUUUUGGCAAAAUCGUUCAAAUGGAUCUACAGCAAAGUGUGCUUGUGUCGGAUCUGCCCGGGCGUAGCAAAACGCCGCAUAAUACGGGAACGUCGCAAGAUGCGACAGCUGGCCAGAGCGAUGCGGCUGCACGAAAUGGAAAAUGCUCAGGGCACUAGUGGCAGUAGCAGCCAUUCCUACUCCAGCAGCACACCAAGCAGCGCCAGCAUGACCGAAAGCCCCGAAAGUACCAGCGAAUACACAAAAAGCUCAUUGCAAACAUCCAGUACUCUUGAGGCUUCCUUUAGUGGUGAGCUGGAUUCGGAUAUAGAGCGUGAGAUUCGCGGCAGUACGGAUGAGAUUACUGUGCCAUUGACAGUGUGUGUGUUUGUUAUGGUCAGUUAUAUUCUUUCAGGUGCUAUUCUGUUCGGCCGAUGGGAGGAGUGGGACUACUUGGAUGGCAGCUACUUUUGCUUCAUCUCGCUGAGCAGCAUCGGCUUUGGCGAUUUAGUGCCAGGCGACCGCGUGGUAACUGCAGAUAAAGACAAAGUCGAGCUAAGUUUUAUACUGUGUGCUGUUUAUCUGCUGCUCGGCAUGGCGCUUAUAGCUAUGUGUUUCAACUUAAUGCAGGAAGAAGUCGUACACAAUAUGCGCGCUAUAAAGCGUGCAUUUAAAGCCUGCUUUCGGUGCAGCGGAAGCCCGUAGCUCUGGACAGGUCACAAAUCCGUGUCGUACAAAUAAUAACCAAAUAUACAUAUUGCCUG